UUGCUAGUGCUUCAUCCUACAUAUUCGUUACUUUUAGUGGAAUCUGAUCCAUGUUGUUGGAACCGCUGGAUUCGCUCAGUAAAAAAUACUGAGAAUCUGUUCAAUACGGAUGGCUUUCAAAUGAUUGUUGGGCGUGUUUUUGCAACCGAGGACCCAGUGAUUCGGUGCAGGGCGAUCAAAAUGUUAAUGUCAAGCGGAGGAGUGACACAACAUAUCCGAAACCCCAUUUGGGAUUAUUGCGCUGAUUUGCUGAAAGAAAUUGAUAUUAACAGAUACGUUUCAAUAACGGAGCGUGAAGUAGCAAUUUAUCAAACAGAAGAAGGGAAAAUUCGUGAUGAAAUGCGUGAUCUGUAUGCGAAAUGCAAAGAGCGCAUCGAGCCGCUCACAUUUGCCAUCGAAGGCGAUCCACUGGGCUCGGCAAAACAUGUCCAGUUGAUGAUCGGUGUGGUAGUACCACUUCUAAGAUCACCGCUUGUCUCCUCACUUGCUCAUCGUGCUUUUCGCGCAUUUCGUGAUGCAGCUUUCCAGCCCUGUGAAGACUACUUACAUGAGCUAAUCUUGCACUGCUCGGUGCGUGUGUUAAACUCAGCUUAUACAAAUGCUGCGUGGAGUGAGGAAUUGCUUGCAACUCAGCUUGAAAGGACUGUUGCCCUACUUGGUGGUAAGUUUCUCAAAGCGUUUACUGAAAGAUGGCCGCUGUAAUU